ACGCUUCAAUACAAAGCUAGCUCCGACGUGUUCCGAACAAAGCAUAAAAAGCAUGACCUUCUUUUUUUAACUUUAAUAAUAAUAGAUAUGUCUAGUUCAAAGGAAGAGCAAAACAUUACCACAGGCACUGCUUCCGAGAAAGAUAGUUUAAAUGACAAGGAGGUAAACCCAACAGAAAAUUUGCAGGUAGAGCUAGAAACAACAGCUGUUGAACAACAAACUAUUCCUGCUGUUAAUGUUGAGCAAGAUUAUAGUAAAUUACCCGAACAUGUUCGCAUCCUAAAAGAAGCCUUUCCAGAUAUCGACGUAGAGGUCAUUGAAGCUAUUCUUCAGACGCAAAAUGACAAACUCGAGCCAUCCUUUGAGAUAUUACUGGGAAUGUCUGACCCUAAUUAUAACUCAACACCUAUACCACCACAAACUCAAGAAAUAACCCCCACUAUGCCACCACGACCUUCCUCUCAAUUAUCAGACAACCCAAGGUCCAGAACAAAUAGCGGUCAUGCACCUUAUGCUUAUUGGGAACAACAAUCUCAGCAAGCACCUAUAACAGUCGAAGACCAACUCCGGAUGGAUGAGGAAUUUGCCAAGAAAUUGGCCAUGGAAGACGAAUUGAGAGCUAAUAACCGUCGACAACAACAUAGUCAGCAACAACAACAGCAGCAGCAGCAGCAGUAUCAAAAACGUGAGCAGGAUAUGGACCAAGAUUCGUUAUUUAACCUUCAAGAGGAGCUACCUAUUAUUAAAGAGAAGAUGAUUGAGGCAGGGAAUGCCGCGAAAAAAAAAGUAAUGGACUUUUACAACCAACUCAAAGCGAACACUCGAAAUAAUAAUAUGCCUAACCAACAUGAGUCGGCAUCCACUUCAUCCAUCCCAACCACGCAUGCACAAUACAGAGGGCUACCUAGUGAUGACGGGGAUGAUCUUUUGACCGGUGAUAUAUCUGCGCUUCAUUUAUCCGAUUAUGAUGUAUACGCACAGACGGGUGGCAGGCAAAAGAAUAAAGAAACCAUCGUCGCGGGAUCGCCGCCGACAUCAACACCUGAAGCACAAUUAAAGGCCGAUGAAGAUUUUGCAAGACAGUUGGCUAACGAAAGCUCUACUCCUCCCGUCAAAAAAGGUGUAACUCCAACUGUGGUUAUAGCACCCAGAUCACCACUUGAAUUUGAUGGGGACUCUGAUUAUGAAGGUAUUGGAUUGACAACAGCACCAUCUACUCUUAACAAACCAGAAGAAAACAAUACAGUUCCCUAUGUCAUUGGAGAUGAUGAUGAUUCCGACUCGGAUGACCUUGUUGAUAUUGAUGAAGACGAAUUAUUUGGCGUUCAGGAUGAAAAGAAAUCCAAGGAAGGACCCCUCUUAGAAAGUACUGCCAAGACUUCUACUCCAAAAUCACCUGAAAGCCCAGCUGAUACAGUUACUAAGCAAUAAUGUCAAAAUGUCUAUAAUAAAAGAGGGGGCACAAGUACGGAUUUUUUUUUUUUUUUUUU